GGCCGCGCCCUGCAGCACGGGAGCAGAGGGAGUUCUUCUUUAGAGCAGCUUUUAUUGACAGUUGAGGAGCUGCAGGUCGCUGCGAACAUCUUCAAACAGAGACAGAGGAGCACCUUAACCAACGUGUCACCUUUUCAGCCCUGCCGACAUGAGCAAGGACGAUUUAAUCCUCCCAAAGGACUUCCCUCAGCUCCAGAACGACACAUUCCUGCGAGCAGCACGAGGAGGAGAAACUGAUCAUGUUCCUGUGUGGUGUAUGAGACAGGCUGGACGUUACCUGCCAGAGUUUCGUGAGUUCAGAGCAGGGAAGGACUUCUUUGACACAUGUCGGUCACCAGAGGCCUGCUGUGAGCUCACCCUGCAGCCUUUGAGACGUUUUCCCUUCGAUGCUGCCAUCAUCUUCUCUGACAUCCUGGUCGUCCCACAGGCCAUGGGUAUGGAGGUCCAGAUGGUUGCAGGUAAAGGUCCCACAUUCCCAGAGCCCCUGAAGGAGCCUGAGGACCUGCAGCGUCUGCAGCCCAAAGUGGAUGUCAGCAAAGAGCUGAGCUAUGUCUUUAAAGCCAUCACACUGACCAGACACAAGAUAGAGGGCAAAGUGCCGCUCAUAGGAUUCAGUGGAGCUCCGUGGACGUUGAUGUCCUACAUGAUCGAAGGAGGAGGCUCAAACACCCACUCGAAGGCGAAGCGCUGGCUGUACCGGCACCCUGAGGCGAGCCACAUGCUGCUGAGGAUGCUGACAGAUGUGGUUGUGCAGUAUCUGCUGGGACAGGUGGCAGCUGGAGCUCAGGCUCUGCAGGUAUUUGAGUCCCACGCCGGCAUCUUGGGCCCGGUCGAGUUUAAAGAGUUUGCUCUGCCGUAUCUUCGAGACAUCGCACGCUGCGUUAAAGACAAACUCAAAGAAGAAGGAAAAGACGUCCCCAUGAUUGUGUUUGCAAAGGAUGCUCAUUACGCUCUGGAGGAUUUGUCUCAGUCUAACUAUGAGGUGGUUGGACUGGACUGGACCAUUGAUCCACGAUCAGCGCGGGAGCGAACAGGAGGGAAGGUCAGCCUGCAGGGGAACAUGGACCCUUGUGCUCUCUACGCUCCAAAGGAGAAGAUUUCAGACAUCGUGAAGAAGAUGUUGGAGGGUUUUGGUGCCAGAGGCUACAUUGCCAACCUGGGCCACGGCCUCUACCCCGACAUGGACCCGGAGAACGUGGGCGCAUUCGUGGAAGCUGUGCACGAACACUCAAAACAGAUGAUCAAACAAAUGUGAAGAUGGAUGUGUCUGUUUGAAUGCCAAAGCAGAUAAGAGUCCAUUCCCAGAGAUUUACAAUGAUGAAAAAUAAAAACAGAACUGAACUAAUAAUAUAAAACAAACAAGAAAACAUCCAGCUCUUCAUAAACAUUCAUAAAUCCUCCUCACUCAUCCAGCGUAGGUUUUAAGGAUAGAAAAGAUGCUGGUUUCCAAAGACAAGAUUUCUUUUCCUCUUUAAUACGUCGAUCUAAUGGAUUAUGUGUUUCUGUCAGAGAGGGAUGACAUCCGUUCUGCAGUGAACAUUCACAGUCGUUAAGGAUUUGUAUUAUUAUUGGAUUUAUCUGAAAAUGUUCAAACAGCUUUGAGUUGUAGAUGAAAAAUAUUUUCUAUCCAAUCAAACCUACCAUGCUGUCGCUCCAGCACUGAGAAAUAAAAAGACAAACAUUUCUGAGAGGUCUUCAUCAGAACAAAAGCAUCUUAUAAAAAAUGUGAUCCAGAAAAAAAGACAUGCACAUGUGACUAAAGUGAUUAAAAUCCAUUUUAAGGGGAAAUGUCAUCAUGCAGCAACAAAAUAACUCCCUGGAUCUCAGCAUGAAGAGGUUUAUUUUUACUUCUGCUGAAGGAAAAAGCUGCAGAAAUGCUUGUUAUACAUGAAGAUGCCUUCUUCUGUUUUAGUUUUUCACCAUGAAUCUUUUAAUUUCAUCUGCUCAGACUUAUAGGCACUUACGUAGUGAAUCAUUUUGUUACCUGAGAGGUUUCCUGUGAUGGCAGUUGUACUGAAUUAUAAAACAGAUAAAUAUCUGGUUGUAUUUUUCUGUCAAGUAAAUAAAGAUGAUUUAAUUUCUA